UUAACGACAAGUCUGCCGGGUGUCCCGUAAAAACGCUCAAGCUUGGGCCGAAGUCUCCAUGAACGGUAGCAUGGCCGCCUCGCAGGACAGGAUUAUGUUGGGACCGCUCGUGGCGGCUAUCGACCAGGGCACGAGCUCCACGCGUUUCCUCGUCUUCAACGCCAAGACUGCCGAGCUCCUCAGCCAUCACCAGGUGGAGAUCAAGCAGAGCUUCCCUAAAGAGGGAUGGGUGGAAGAGGACCCUAAGGAGAUCCUCCAGUCUGUGUACGAGUGCAUGGACAAGACCUGUGAGAAGCUGACACAGCUCAACAUCGACAUCUCCAACAUCAAAGCCAUCGGCGUGACCAAUCAGAGGGAGACCACCCUGGUCUGGGACAAGGAGACGGGAGAGCCACUCUACAACGCCAUCGUGUGGUUGGACCUGCGGACCCAGUCGACUGUGGAGCGACUUAUCAACAAGACCCCCGGCAGGAACAAGAACCACCUCAAGCAUAAGACAGGUCUUCCCAUCAGUACCUACUUCAGUGCGGUGAAGCUGCGAUGGCUGAUGGACAACGUGGACGAGGUCAGCGAGGCCAUCCUGUCCCACAGAGCCAUGUUUGGCACCGUAGACUCCUGGCUCAUAUGGUGCCUGACGGGAGGCAAGCAUGGAGGUGUGCACUGUACAGACGUGACCAAUGCCAGCAGAACAAUGCUCUUCAACAUCCACACCAUGGACUGGGACCCCGAACUCUGCACGUACUUUGGCAUCCCUAUGGAGAUUCUGCCCAGAGUGAGGAGUUCUUCUGAAAUCUACGGUUUAAUGAAAUCCGGCUGCUUAACAGGGAUCCCCAUCUCAGGGUGCUUGGGAGACCAGUCGGCAGCUCUUGUGGGACAGAUGUGCUUCCAAGACGGACAGGCCAAGAACACGUACGGGACAGGCUGUUUCCUGCUCAGGAACACGGGGCCCAAGCCGGUGAUGUCGGACCACGGGCUCCUGACGACGGUGGCCUACAAACUGGGUCGGGACCAACCAGCCUGCUACGCACUAGAGGGGUCGGUGGCCAUUGCAGGGGCGGUGGUGCGCUGGCUGAAGGAUAACCUGGGCAUCAUCCAGACCUCCACAGAGCUCGAGAAGCUAGCGGCGGCGGUGGGCACAUCCUACGGCUGCUACUUUGUUCCGGCGUUUUCCGGCCUCUACGCCCCCUACUGGGAGCCCAGCGCCAGAGGGAUCAUCUGUGGCCUAACUCAGUUCACCAACCGGAGUCAUCUCGCCUUCGCAGCCCUGGAGGCUGUCUGCUUCCAGACCAGAGAGUUGAUGGAUGCGAUGAACCAGGACAGUGGCAUCCCCUUGACCCAGCUGCAGGUGGACGGAGGCAUGACCUCCAACAGACUCCUGAUGCAGCUACAGGCAGACAUACUCUGCAUCCCUGUGGUGAAGCCCUCGAUGCCCGAGACGACUGCGCUGGGCGCUGCCAUGGCGGCGGGGGCGGCCGAGGGGGUCAGCGUGUGGAGCCUGAACCCCGAGGAUCUCUCAGAGGUCACGUCCGAGAAGUUCGAACCGCAGAUCAACCCCGAGGAGAGUGAGUUCCGCUAUGCCCGCUGGAAGAAGGCCGUGCAGAAAUCCAUGAACUGGGAGACAACGGAGCCCAUCGGCAACGGAAACGAGGAGCCCAAUAUGUUCAGUAGUAUCCCUAUGGGCUUUUACAUUCUCGGUAGCAUGUUCAUGUUAAUCGGAGCUAAAUUCAUUGCAGGGCACAAGUAGGCAGCUGGAUGAGGGAAGUACGCAGCAGUGCACUCUGCCCAGCAGCAGGGGGAGCUCACGAGAGCUCUCUCCCAAACCUGUUCAGAUGUGUUAGCCCUGCUCCCGGCCCAGCACGCCUGUACCUCCCUGCCUGCCUACAGACACUAAACCCCGAUCCCUGCACCCCAACCCAGCCAAGCCCCAAAACUCAAAUGUGAAGUUGUGAACAUUGUGUCCCAGCAUCAGCAAUGUAAAUGAAGAGCCCCGCCACCCCCCACUCCCCAAACCCGCCCCCCCUUCUCUACCUCCACACGAGAGAUGCCGCCAUGGGAACAUGCGCACAUACACACCCGACCUGAACACGCGUCACUUCCCAGUGCAGCUGACUGAGCCAGAGGACGUGUGCGUG